ACAGUAAAAAAGCUUGAUACUUGGGCUACAAGAGGGGAGAUAGCUGGGGCAUGCCCCUCCUAACGAAGCUGUGUGUUUGUUGCCUACCGUAGCUUCUGACCAGUAAAAGCAUAGGCUGAAAAUGAGUUUGAGGGAUAAAUGUUGAUUUGCUGUAAACAUUGUUAUGUACUGUGUUGGCAUUGCCCCUUCUAGUAAUGACAGUUAUGGUCAUGUGACCACGGUGGAAACAGUAUCGACAACUGAAGGGCAUGUUUAAAAGAUGAAAUGAUGAAAUGUCACCACGGUUAUCCUAAAUAGUGCUCCAGGUAAGCCUAAAUCAUGCUCAGCUUAACCUAAAUAUCACUGACUUGAAAGUGAUUUGCUCUCAGUUAGUAAGAAUGGGUUAACCGUAUCCCAUUCCGUCAUCUCGCCAUUUCGUGUUUUAAACACGCUCACAACUGAGUUGCACGCUACCUGUUCCCACUCUUCCACCCCCCAGCCCUCAAAACAGCACCAGUUAACCUCUCAUGCCCGAGCGCGGGGGCUUGCGGUUGUAUGUGUGUUUUUUUGUUUUUGUUUUUGUUUUUUUCCCCUCCGGAAAUGUUUAAACAUACUCAACAAAGAACGAGACAGCGCGAAGAAGCGUGAAAAUUGGUCUCGAUUUCUUGCUGCCUUUUUAUCUGUUACCUUAGAUUUACAACUGGCGGUCUGGCCUAGUUCUCAUAUGCUAAAGUAAUUAACCACUUUUUAUGAAUCUAACUUCACAAAGAUAAAAUAAUUAAAUUUCGAAUUUCAGUGGUUUUCCUGUUCUGUGAGGUGGAUAUCUAGGGUCACCGUGAAACUUAUUAAAUAUGAUCUCCCAAUCAGCGUGAACCGGAAGACGAGCAAACAGCACGUCUACUUAGAUAAUAUAUGUUUCUAGAUACGCCUUGUGGCUGACAAUCUAUCGUAACAGAAAGUCUUUGCAUACUAUCACAAACAAUCUUUCAAAAUAUGAAGGGUAUUGAAAACGUUUUGUGGGGUACAAAAGAGAACCUUUGUGCCGUUUCUUGAAUUUAAGGGUUGAGUGAAUUUCAAGAAAGGGGUUUUCGAUCUUUUGGCACCAUUUUAGCAGAUAAUCAAGACUGAUUAAAACUGACUGCUGUUGGUGAACGGAAACGUAAUGGCGAACUACAGACCCAUAUAUGGCCCGGGAUCAAACAAAUAUCAUUAAAAUGCCGCUAAACCCCUGUCGCUUUUAACCUUGAAACAUCCACUGAAUUUGCUCCAGGCGUUUUGUAAACACCAUAAACGUUUUGUUCAAAAAUUAGCACCAUUAUUCGAUUUUAAGGCCAGUUUCGAAUUGCACUGAUAAAUUUCUUACGUCCUCGUAGACCUAAAGACAGAGAUUUCAGAUCCAGAUUUUAAAAUGAAAUAUCAGAUGUGACAACACAUAUUGGCUUGACGAGAUAAGAUAAUGAAAAAUCAAUUGACAUGGCUGCCCAUCCAUUGUCCUGUUGUCAGUGACAUAGCGCUAGUAAAUUGUUGCCCUGGGGUAAUUCCUAAAACAGUUUGAAAGUCUAUUGAGAACCGUUAAAAAGGAAAAAAAUAUGCGCAGUUUCGAAAAAUCGUCACAGAGAAAGCAAUACUUGACAUUUUGAAAAGUGAUCCUGACUUUCGCAAGAUGCGAGCUUAAAAGGUUCGAACUUUUCGUGUUAUUUCAGUUUCAACUGUUAAGCCUGUAUUCAAUGUUAUAUCUUUGGCUGAUCUCACACUGUGAUCAUAGGUGCGAGAACGGCAUGUCAUGAAUAAGUUUACAUUUUCUUCUAUUCACUUAACCUUCCACAAGGUUCAUCUGCUGACAACACGUCUACAUUGAUGCACGUUCUUUCGGUGGGGAACAUGAUAUAGCCGCCCAGGCUAAUUAGUCACUGUUGUUUCGAGAUAAACUCGACUGAAGAUGAGCUUGCAACGCCAGAUCACUGUUAAAGUACCAGUAAUGAAAAUUUCUCCAUAUUACAGCAACGAAACAAGUGUUUUUCAUGCAACUAACAACAAUGUGCAUGCAUCUCCAGCGUUAGCUUUCGCUUCUGGUCCUGGAUUUGAGUCGAAGCCGCUUGUACUAGACUUAAGGAAUCUACCCAGUGUUGAUUCUCCUGAGCUGGACAGUUCUUUGCGAGAUAUGUUAAUGAAAAACAUGAAAUCCGGCAACGUCUUCACCGACGAUAAUGACGAUACCGUUUCCGAAAUUUCAGCUUGUAGUUCCAUGGUUACUCUGGAAACUGUUGAUGAGAGUGAAUUAACCAACACUCCGACAGGAAACCGAAAGACAGCGAGGGCGUCUUCGUUCAAUGCCGGAUCGACGCCGCGGAAUUCCGAAAAAACGAACGAUGCCGAUGAAGAAGAUGGCCGAAAGACAGCGAUAAAGAAAUCUAAGAAAAUCAUUUCUGAUUUUCUUACAUUUAACGCGCCAAGUUUUAGUGGAAAUGGGGCUAGUGAGGAAAACGAUGAACCGAAGCCUCCUCCGCCGUCAGAGAGAAGAAGGAAACUUAGUAUCACCAAAAGAAUUUCACCGUUAUCUUUGCAUGGAAUUUUCACUGGAAACCAAUCAACAGGAACCAACAAGCAAGAAGCUACUAGCGAGCCCAAGGAAACUAAGAAGACGCGAAAAUUAUCACUGCAGACAAUGUUUAAACCUUCGCAGCAUUCAAACGAAAAAGAACGGAAGAGAAGAAACACUGACCCGCAACUUCCACCAAACCAACAAAUAACAACUACCAUUGAAAACGAAGAGAAGAAAGGAAAGGAAGAAACCUCGACUGUAAGUGGUAAAGAAUCACAAACAAAGCCAGUACCGGAACAAGCGUUCUUUAAGGAAGACGAUGUUAAAAUACAUGACCUGAUCAAGCAAGUGUUACGAGCGCACAUGUUGGCCAUGACUGAGUAUAAGCGCGAGACGUGUGAUCGUGUUUGUAAAAGCAUCUGCAAAAUUUUGAAAACUCUUGUGGCGUCAAUGAAGGAAACUGAAAAAGUCCAAUGUAAAGUUGUGUGUCAGGCAUAUAUUGGCUCUGUAAGGGACGAAGGAAUGUUUGCUACAGUUCAGACUGUCUGGGAAAAUGACAGAGAUAAUUUCGCAGCUGCGAGUUAUAGAAAUGAUUCCUUGUUCGGGUUCGCGUCCGUUGUAACAAACGCUUUGUACUAAAGCGGAGCCGAAUGACAUUGUGAAUAUGACCUUUUCUCGUGACUAACUAAUCUUCUUAACCAUAUUUUUGUAAACGGAAAUGCCUUGAAAACCCAAUGUUAUUUUCAUUCGCCAAAAGGAAAUUGUUGCUUGCUAUGUAUAGGAUGCCUGUUUCUGCAAGUGAUAAUGUCACCGUGGUAUAGCUGUUUAGACUUCACUUUGCAAUCAGAUUAAAAAUUAUCAUGUUGAGAAGUAUGUCUUUUCUGAAAAAUCUUGUUAUAUUUUUUCCGGAAUAACUGCGGAGUUAUAUUUACUAUGCCGGGAUUAGUUUAUCGCUCUAUUCGGCUGCUUUUAUUUUUGAUACGAUUAUCUUCUUAGUGAUUAGCAUUUGUUUCUCUAAAACACCGAGGUUAUCAAAUCAAAAUCGAUCACCAUAUGUGCAUGGGGUUCCUAAGUUGGCCCGUGAUACGCAAGAGUCAAAAAAGAAGGAUUUGUAUGGGAACUCGCGGUUCUAUUCUCUUGACUGUUCUUGAUCAGCCUUAGGCCUGAAGAAAUAUGAAUAAAUAUUGAACAAAAAUAAACCUACCCCUCUUAAGAUGUGUGGUUCUUUGUUUCUUGUGGGGCUUCUAGGUCGAUUGCUGGCAAUUUAGGUGGUGUUUAGUCCCUCUGAUUUUCUUUCAAACGGUAGACUGAACUAAAACUCACCAAAAUGGUUUGUACAUCGGCCUAAAAGCCUCCCAAAAACAAAAAAAACACUCGCCUGAAGCGAGAUAGCUUCACUUUGUUCAACAUUCGUUCCUAUCUGUUAAGCUUAGGAUUAAAACCACUUUAGUUCCCAUACAAAUCCGGACAUUUCGACUGUAACAUCAGUUAAACAGGAAACACGGACGUUCACUUUUCCGAGCUUAGUAAGUAGUAAAUAAGUAAGUAAACUUUAUUUGAUAAGUAGGUUGUAGAGGGGAUUUGGCAGCCGAAGGACUGAUGUGGACCUACUAUACACAGAAUAUAAAAUUUUACAAACACGAAAGAUAUUAACAAAAGAAUAAGAACUAUGUACAGGGGAAAAUUAAUAAUCAUAUAUACAUAUUUGAUUCACUAAAACCUAAUUAAGACAAUAUUGCCAGAAAUUAGAAAUUAGCUUUGGUUCCCUGCGGUGUGACACGGGUUUUAAAGACUUGACUCUACGGGUCGUUACGCUUUUAGCACCAGAACGUUCUUGCAGUUGUUGAAAGCUGAUACCUCAGUUCUUUGAAAUCAUUCACAUCCAAAGAACUGGAAAAAAGUCUCUGCAUGUAAUCGCUCAGAACAAGCUCUUCAAAUGUUUGGAGUCGUUCGUAACAUAGUGCUUUCUCUACGUAAUUAAAGCAAAGUUCAGUGGUGGAAAAAUGACGUGCUUUGGUUUUAGCAGGAGCUUGUCAUUGAUUCGUGGGGGAGGGGUGAUUAUCACCACCCCUAGUACGAUCAAAAUUCUUUGUCCAAAAGCCGCCCAUUUUUCCAAGCCAAAUACAUCACAACUAUCUUCAUGUUUUGAUGAAAGGUCGAAAAAGAGGGGAUUCAGUUGUGAAUGGCGCGGUGGCCUCAUGGUUAGUGUGCUCGACUCCGGAACGAGCGGUC